AUGGAAUUGGGAAAUAUGAUGGAAUAUUUUGAGAACAAAACCAUUUUAAUCACCGGUGGAGCUGGCUUCAUUGCAAAAAUUUUUGUGGAGAAAAUUCUAAGGACUCAACCUAAUGUGAAGAAGCUCUACCUUCUUUUAAGAGCUUCAGAUUGCAAAUCAGCACAACAACGUAUCCAAACUGAGGUCAUCGACAAGGAAUUGUUCAGGCUAUUAAGGGAAAAAUGGGGAAAAGAAUUUGAUUGUUUUAUAUGGGAAAGAGUGGAGGCUGUUGCUGGAGACAUUGCUGAUGAGAACUUAUUAGGUAUCAAAAAUGCCAAUUUGAGGGAAGAGAUGUUGAAAAAUAUUGACAUUAUUGUGAAUUGUGCUGCAACUACUGAUUUCUAUGACAGGUAUGAUGUCUCCCUAGCCAUUAAUACAAUGGGAGUUUUGAAUAUUUUGAGCUUUGCAAAGAAGUGUAUCAACCUAAAGAUGCUACUCCAUUUGUCAACUGCUUAUGUGUGCGGCGAAAGAGAAGGAAUAAUAGCAGAGAAAGGUUGUGAAUUUGGUGAGACAUUAAGUGAGACUUUGACCAAACUUGAUUUUAAAAUUGAGAAUGAAUUGGCUGCACACAAAUUAUCUCAACUUCAAAAAAUUGAAGCUUCAGAAGCAACCAUUAAUACCACAAUGAAGGAUUUUGGGAUUGAAAGAUUGUGCUUAAACCAAUCAAUUGUUAUCACUAUUCCUGGCUGGAUUGAAGGUUUGAGAACAAUGGAUACCUUAAUUGCAGGAUUUGGAAAAGGGAAAGUGCCAUGCUUCUUGGGUAGACCUACAUAUAUAAUUGACAUGAUACCAGCUGAUAUGGUGGUAAAUUCAAUGAUUGUGGCCAUGGUAUAUGGUGAAUCUGGAACUAUUUAUCAAAUUGGAAGCUCCAUGAGAAACCCUCUUUAUGUUUCGAAUAUACAUAAUUAUGCUUUUCAUUAUUUCACCAAAAAUCCACUGAUUGAUAAAGAUGAAAACCCAAUCAAAGUGAGCAAAGUUACAGUUCUUCACCAU